AUGCAGGUGAAAUAUGAGACUAAGUCCCCUAGUUGGCAGCACCUCCACUUCCUCGUCCUCCUAUGCAUUUUGGCAUCCCCGAAGAGAUUACCAAGAGACAACCUGAUACCCCACAAGUAUCGAUCAUGGUAUCAUCACUAUCAUGAUGGACGAAGAGAAUGUCCCAUCCCGGAAGGUGAUGUGCCUCUGUAUGUUCUGGAGACAGCAUUCGGGCUGGGGACGGCAGACCCUAAGGAUGGGUCGGUAGUGGAUGCCAAGGAUCCUAAGCUUGAGAGCGAUCCUAAGUCACUAGUAUACUCAGCCGAGGGUACUAACUAUAGUAAAGAAAAACGAGAGAUAGUUGGGCAAGAGGAAAGACCGGAGGAGGAUCAGGAGUGGGAUUGGCCAGAGGAGAAACUCGCAGAAGAGGAACCUGUAGAAGGAGAGUCUGAGGAGGAGGACCCUGAAGAAGAUGAAUCAGAUGAAGACUCUGAAGAAGAGGAGGACGAUCCAGAGGAGGAUCUAAAGUAUGACCUGGAUGAGGAUUGA